CACCCAUAAUCCACCGCGCGCCGCUUCAUACAUUCUUCUCCACCGUGCAACAUGUCUUUGAUGGAGGGUCCGCUGAACGUGCUCGGCCAGAGAACGACCGGCGAGUCCGUUCGGACUCAAAACGUCAUGGCCGCAUCAUCCAUCGCAAACAUCGUGAAGAGCUCUCUAGGACCCGUAGGACUCGACAAGAUGCUGGUGGAUGACAUCGGAGAUGUGACCAUCACCAAUGACGGUGCCACCAUCCUGAAGCUCCUGGAGGUGGAGCACCCAGCAGCGAAGGUCCUCUGUGAACUGGCAGAGCUGCAGGAUAAGGAAGUUGGAGAUGGCACAACAUCAGUGGUGAUCAUCGCUGCUGAGCUCCUGAAGAGUGCAGAUGAGCUGGUGCGACAGAAGAUUCACCCCACCUCCAUCAUCAGUGGAUACAGACUGGCCUGCAAGGAGGCGGUGAGAUACAUCAAUGAGAAUCUGACCAUCAGCACAGAUGACCUGGGCAGAGAGUGUCUCAUCAACGCUGCAAAGACGUCCAUGUCUUCCAAGAUCAUUGGAGUUGAUGCUGAUUUCUUUGCCGACAUUGUGGUGGAUGCUGCCCUGGCUGUUAAAUUUGUUGAUGGUAAAGGUGUUGCACACUAUCCCAUCAACUCUGUGAACGUGUUAAAGGCCCACGGACGUAGUCAGAAAGAGAGUUUCCUCGUCAACGGAUAUGCACUGAACUGCACCGUCGGAUCACAAGGAAUGGUGAAGCGCAUGUCCAACGCCAAGAUAGCUUGCCUGGACUUUAGCCUGCAGAAGACCAAGAUGAAGCUGGGCGUUCAGGUUGUCAUAAAUGAUCCCGAGAAGCUCGAUCAGAUCAGACAGAGGGAAUCAGACAUCACUAAAGAGCGCAUUCAGAAAGUUCUGGCAUCCGGUGCGAACGUUGUCCUCACAACAGGCGGCAUUGAUGAUAUGUGUCUGAAGUAUUUUGUGGAUGCUGGUGCCAUGGCAGUAAGAAGAGUGCUGAAGAAGGAUCUCAAACGCAUCGCCAAAGCAACCGGAGCCACUGUUUGCUCAUCUCUGUCUAACCUGGAGGGAGAGGAGACGUUCGAGGCGGCCAUGUUGGGUCAGGCAGAGGAGGUCCUGCAGGAGAGAGUGUGUGAUGAUGAACUCAUCCUUGUCAAGAAUACAAAAGCUCGUACAUCUGCCUCUAUCGUAUUGCGUGGGGCGAACGAUUUCAUGUGUGAUGAAAUGGAGCGUUCUCUGCAUGACGCUCUGUGUGUUGUGAAGAGGGUGCUGGAGUCUAAAUCGGUGGUACCAGGAGGUGGUGCUGUAGAGGCUGCACUGUCUAUUUAUCUGGAGAACUAUGCUACCAGCAUGGGCUCCCGUGAGCAGCUGGCUAUUGCUGAGUUUGCUCGCUCUAUGCUCGUCAUUCCUAAAACUCUGGCAGUGAAUGCUGCACAAGACUCCACCGACCUGGUGGCCAAACUCCGAGCCUUCCACAAUGAGGCUCAAGUCAACCCUGAACGCAAGAACCUCAAAUGGAUCGGAUUGGACCUGGUCAAUGGAAAGCCACGAGAUAACAAACAGGCGGGUGUGUAUGAACCCACGAUGGUUAAAACCAAAAGUCUGAAGUUCGCCACCGAGGCAGCGAUCACCAUCCUUCGAAUCGAUGACCUUAUCAAGCUCUUCCCUGAUCAGAAAGAAGGCGGGCCCUCCUACCAGGACGCCAUCCAAUCAGGCUCGCUGGAAGGAUAAAAUUCAUUUGCAUUGAAUCUGGGGUCAUUUUGCUCAGCUUUGUAUUUAUGUCUGAAUCCAACUGAUGGGCUCUUAGUGUAGACCGUGCACUUUGUUUACUUUUUGCUAAUAUGGUAACAUGUUUGUUUUUCUCCAUUUCAACCAUAAUAAAGCAGAUGUGUUCGCUU